AACAAAGCAGCGCGUUGAGUUGUCGUCGUCCAUUUUGUCGUCGUCUUCUUCCAGUCACUCACGAACACGUCACAACAAGCCACAAGGAGAAAAGACGACGCGCCGUCGCCAUGUCCGGCGGAGAGAAGAGAGCGAGGGAGGAGGUGGAGGCGUUGCUGGCGCAGACGAAGCUGAAGGAUGGGGUGAAGGAAGAGAUCAGGGCCAUCGCCAACAACACGUGUGGGGACAAUGUGGGCUUGGGUGGUUAUGGCCUCGGCGUCAUUGAGGCGCGUGCGGUGGCCGAGGCGCUCAAGGACAACACCUGCCUCGAAACGCUCCUCCUGUGGGACAACAACAUCGGCGAUGAGGGCGCUGUGGCGUUGGCGGAGAUGCUGAAGCACAACACGACCAUGACAUGGCUCAACCUGAACAACAACUCCAUCGGCGAUGAGGGUGCUGUGGCGUUGGCGGAGAUGCUGAAGCACAACACGACCCUCACAUGGCUCGGCCUGUUUGGCAAUGACAUCGGCCCUGAGGGCGCUGUGGCGUUGGCGGAGAUGCUGAAGCAAAACACGACCCUCACAUGGCUCGGCAUUUACCACAAUGGUAUCACGGAGUCUGGCAUGGUGAAUGUGCUGAAGCAGCUGCAAGGCAUCGACGCCAAGGCCAAGAUUCUGCUGUACGAGGACAAGCUCAAAUCCUCCACCGCCGUCGCCCGUGCACUGGCCACUCUCCGCACCAAGCAGCCACACUUCGACGUUGUCUUCGCUGAUUUCGAAACAGAGGACAGGUUCGACUCUUCCGCCAAAGCCGCCUAUCAAGAGCAGCUCGAUCUUCUGAAGCUGCUUGAAACCGGCUCCGUCCCUCUUGAGACAGCAAAGGUGUUUGUAUGCGGCGAUUACGGCAUUGGCAAAAGCACCAUGAUCAAGUCCCUGCCAGGCAGCCUGUUUCGCCGCUUCACACGCACCAUCUUCCAACCAGCAAAUGACCCAGACCGCCGAAACGAGCGCACGCCCGGCAUUCGAGUCUGUGAAAUGAAGUUGAAAGACACCACAAGCCAAGGCAACGACGGUGACAACGCUGCGUCUCUUCGCGUGUAUGAUUUUGGCGGGCAGCUCGCAUAUCACGUCAUCCACACGCUGAUGAUGUCGGAUCGCUUCGCUGCCUUUGUCGUCUGUGUCGACCUGUCUGAGCCGAAAGAACAUGUGAAGGAGCGCGCCAACUACUGGCUGCAGUUCAUCUGCACACGUCUCCAGCAAGGCAUGGCAGCCGCUUCAGCAACGGCGGGCGGCGGCGAGACAGAAGAUGCCAUGGAAGAGGUGAAGCCGCGAGUGCUCAUUGUGGGCACCAAGAGAGACCUUGCUCGCAAGAAAAGACUUGUGGAUGCGAAUGGGCAGCCGCCGUGGGGCGCAGCGAUGGUCGCGCACCUACAGCACACCUUCGGCAGCAUCAUCGAUAUCCAAGCUACUCUUACCCCGCUCAACUGUCAUCAGGGUGGCGAGGCUGGUUUUGACGUGCUCCGAUCACAGCUUGUUGACCAUUGGCGGUGGCUGAAAGGACUCAAAAUGCUGGUGCCACAGGUGGUGAAUGAAGUGGCAGGGGCCUUAAAGAAAGCAGCGAAGAGCAAGGCGAUGUGGCGCGUGGAUGAUUUAUUGGACUUUGUUCGAGGCAGCGGGAAUGGCAUCGACCUCAUCUCGAUGAUCCACGAGGACCCCUUUCACCAAACACUCAGGUACCUCCACUCGCGCGGUGAUCUUCUGUGGUAUUCCAACACCCCAUCCUUGGCGGAUUUCAUCUUCGUCGACCCGAACUGGCUGCUUCAUGACGUGUUGGGGAGAGCGCUGACGCCAGAUGGCGUGCAACAAGGCUCCAUUACCACGAAAGGCGUCGUGACCUUCACGGACCUGGAGACCGCAUUCCGAGGCAUUGCUAGCGCAGACCUCGUCAUCAACGUCCUGCAGCACACGCUCCUCUGCUUCGAGCUGCCGCCUUCGGACGAUGGCCAGCGGCAAUUCAUGCUGCCGAGCCAUGUUGAGAAGGAGGUCGAUCUUGACGAUGCCUGGCCUCGAACGGGCUUCUGGCCCGUCUACAGUGGACGACUGCUGGUGGUCGAGAGCAAGGCACUUGCGUUACCACCGGGCUUCUUCCCGCACGUGCAGACUUUGUUGCACAAUUCGUUUGGCACAAACCUUAGGGUGUGGAAGAAUGCCUUCUGCUGCAAGCGUGAUGGUGUGCAGUGCCUUGGCCUGCUGCGGGGCGAUCGAGAAGUGGAUGUGUGGGUGAGGGCACCCGGCGGCGCAGAGCACAAGGCCCUGCCAUUCAUGACAAAAGUGCUGUGUUUGCUGCAAGAGGAAGCAAGGGGGAUUGACCAUGUCCACCUCGUCCUCAGCACGAAACACCUGAAGCGCCACGAAAACCACCCAGCCGCGCACAAGCUCGAGGCCCUGACGGACAAGGGCACAGACGAGCUCGUCACGUCCACGCACCACAGGGAAGGCCAGAACCCAGUGUCCGAUCGCGUUGGCGAUCUGCUGCUGCAAGCACCCACGCAACAAUCACCCGUCAUGCCCUCCUGGCAAUUGCGCGAUCACGAGUGGCACCACCGCGCGUGGCGGCUUGAUGACACCUUUGAUGAGCAGCUUCCGUGGAGCGGACCGAGUGAACAUGGCGUGUAUUCAGCACCGCUGCCACCAGACACAGACCUCUACCGGUGGAUAGAGAGUCAGAUGGCGCCGGGCCUCACCCUGUCGCGCGUAGAGAUGACCAAGUCCACCACAAUGCUCGAUGCCUUUCACACCGAAAUGAAGAAAUCGGCGACUCGUCGUGGUGGUCAAAAGCCCUUCAACAAGGACUUUGGGGCUGGCGAUCCGGAGAAACAAGGCAUGCUCAAUCGGCUCAAGACGCAGUUUGCAGAAACACCCGACAGCGUGAAGCACGUCAACGUGCUGAUUGGUUUCCACGGCUGUGACGAGGCUGUCGCCGACGACAUCACCGCCGCGGGUACCGCCAACCUCAGUAACCCGAACGACCCUGGCUUCUUUGGUGCUGGCAUCUACCUCACGCCGCAAGCCAAUUGCGCGGCUGGCUACGCAACCACCCUGCUGACUGGGAAUUGGCGCCCGCCCAACGCAGACGGGGAGCACGUGAUGCUCCUGUGCGCUGUCAGCGUCGGCCUCGCAUACCCGAUCACCAGGAGUAAGGACUACCCAUCGUCUGGGGAAAACAAGUGCAAGAAGUUCUGGGGCAAACCGCUGCAUAAAGGCUGCAACACCCACUACAUCCAAGUCACAAAGCGCAUGGGCUACCAAUCCACCAGAGCGCCCACACCUGGCACCUUUGACUUUGAGGAGUAUGUAGUCUCACAAGAGGCGCAGGUCUUGCCAUUUGCGAAAGUGUUUGUCAAGGUGAACAAAGCAGCACUCACAGCGCAACUCUAGCCACAUGUGUGCAUGUGUGUGUCUGUGUGUGUGUGUGUGUGUCUGUUUGCCUGCCUGCAUCCUACCAUUUAGUUUCCCCCGCCUUUGUUGUGUGACGACACACCGUUACCCUUUGUUCACGAGGAGCUUGCACGUUGGAGCGUUGGCACUUUGCUUGCUGUUUUGUUCUGUGCAUCGCCUCAUCGCGUGAUUGGAGCUUUGUUGUCGAGCGUGUUCAUUUGGUGGCAAGACAAGAAAGUCCUGUGUAUGUCGUGAUGUGAACCCAGUCCGUCCUUCCGUCGUCAACACCUCUUCUUAGAGCUUAUUAGAGAGAACCACUGA